CUCUCUUCACGUUUUAAGACUUAGCACAUACGCUGUCUGUGCGGAUAUAAAACCCCACCCACUACUUCCAACACAUCUCCUCGCCAUUUGUUUGUGCUCUCUCAGUCUAGACUCUAGAGUCUUCUAUCUCUACCCACCCUUUGUCUUAUUCUUCAACAUUCUUCGCAAUUCCUUUACCAAUCCCCAGAGAACAACACGCCCAGACAUGCCUACGGAGACCGCGGAGGGCAAGGCUGUGAGGGUGCAGCAGAGCUUGGGCCACCCUCAUCCGCAGCAGACCCAGCCACUCCCUUGCCCGCGCUGCGACUCCACCUCCACCAAGUUCUGCUACUACAACAACUACAAUCUCUCCCAGCCACGCCACUUCUGCAAGUCCUGCCGCCGCUACUGGACCCAGGGUGGCACCCUCCGCAACGUGCCCUUCGGCGGCGGCACCCGCAAGAACGCGACCGCCAAGCGCACUCGCGGUACCACGUCUUCGUCUUCCUCGUCCUCUUCUUCUUCCUCCACCGUUACCAACGAGGCCGCACCCACCGACCCCUUUCCGGUUUUUCCUCCCGGGGUCAAGCCCGAGUUGGUCUCGCAUGAUGUGGGUCUGAAUGAGAAUGUCGGGGGCUUCAACUUCAUGCUGAGCUCGCAGCCGCACGGUCAGGGGUUCUUGGGGCUGAGCGGGUACGGAUUGGGGACCAUACCCGGGUUCGACGAGAUGGGCGGGUUUGGGUUGGGCAGGGGGGUCUGGACAUUCCCUGAAGUCGGUGACUUUGCCGGUGGGAGUGCCGGCAAUGGUGGUGCUCCGGUGCCUUCUUCAGGGUACGACACGUGGCAGCUGAGCGGUGCUGAUGGUGGUGGGGAUUCCUUUGCUUCCACGGACCUUGCAAUUUCAACCCCUGCUCAGGGUUUGGAGUGAUGAUGGUUUUGGUUACUCUCUGUUAUGGUUUUGGUUGUUGGUGGUUUUUGGAAGUUCUGUGUCAAAGUUGCCUUCUUUUGUGGGUCAGUGUUGGGUGGGGUAUAAACUGGUAUAGGUUACAUAGACAUGACUAGGUUGAAAGCGAACCUCAGGUAGGGUGCUUUUCUUUGAUGGCCCUGUAAAUCUUUACUUCUGUCUUGGACAAAUCGUUUGAACAAAAAACAUGGACAAGGACAUCAUCUUUUUGGGGGAUUCUUAGUACUACAUAGUAUCUAGUUUGAUAAAUAAAAACAAAUCCUUUGGUCGGUUUUUUCCAUUGGUAAAA